AUGGUGGGCAAGGCCAAGCGCCAACUCCGGCGGCAAGAGCAUGACGCUCAGGGUGAUGGCGCCAAAACAACCCUCUUUGUGCGCAACCUGGCCUUUAGCGUGACGAGCCAGGAUCUCGAGGAUCUUUUCAGUGACAUUGCCCCGGUCAAACAGUGCUUUGUCGUCAACGACUCUCAGACCGGCCAAAGUCGAGGCUUUGGAUAUGUGCGCUUUGCGCUGCACGAUGAUGCAGCCGAAGCUCUGAACAAGUUUCAAAACUCGCCGUGCCAGGGCCGAAACCUCAAAUUGGAUUGGGCCGAGCGACGUCAGCCUGAGACGGUUCGUCGGCCCGAGCGCAAGUCACACCAAGCCGCUGCUCCAGUCGAUGAAGACGAUGAUGCGCAAGAAGCCGCGGAAGACGCAGAAGACGCGACAACAUCUGCCGCUGACCAGGACCAGGCAUCGGCUUCCGAAAGCUCGUCAGACAACGACAGCGAUGAGGAAGAGGAUGAGGAAGCAGCCGAGGAGCAGGCAGAGGACAGUGAUGAGGAGGAGGAAGUCGAAGCGGAUACCAAUCUUGAUGACGAAGAGGAUCACAGCGAUGUCGAGGAAGAAGAGGCCGCAACACCCCCCUCCCAGCUCAAGCAGCACAUGGUGCGCUCGGAUGACGACGAGCCCGCCGCAGCACCCGCCGCACCUGCAGCCAAACCUGUGCUCUCACAGCUGGAAGUGGAGGGCUUUGGUGAAACCGAGGAGCGCACUGUGCUGUUGACAGGCCUGGCCGAUGGCACCAAGCGCAACCAUGUCUACAACAAAGCGCGCAAAGCUGGUCAAAUCGAGACGGCGGUGGUGGAACAAGAUGCAGAAAAGGGCCUGAUUGGUCGCAUCACUUUCAAGACCAUUCGCGAUGCGCUCAAAGGCGUGAACAAACUGCACCUUCACGAAAUUCAUGGCGCUCGCGUUCAGGCCGUGCUGGCCAGCCAGGCCAACAAGGCAACAACCGUCAAGCGACCCACGAAGCGGGCCCGCCUGAUCCUGCGCAACUUGGCUUUUGAAGUUGAUGAAGAGAAGCUCCGUCGCAAGUUUACUCGCUUUGGCAAGAUUGUCGAAAUCAAAGUGGUUCGCGACGAAAAGAAUCGCUCCAAAGGUUUUGGCUUUUUGGAGUACGCAACGGUCGGCACGGGUGCCACGGCCAUUCGGGAAAUGAACGGCGUUGAAAUUGAGGGCCGCCCCAUGGCCGUCGAUUGGGCCCUCUCAAAGCGUGACUUUGAGCGCUUACAGGACGAGCUUCCGGCCGAGGAAAUGAAGGGCAUGGCUCCCGGCAAACUGCGCUCGGGCAAGCGCGAUCACGAUGACGAGGAAGGCUCGGACGAGGACAUGUCUGAGGAUGAGGAUGAGGAUGCCGAGGAGAUGGAUGAAGAUGAGGAUGAGGAAGAAGAGCAGGAUGAUGAGGAUGCCGAAGAGAUCGAGAACGACGAUGAGGACACAACAGGACGGGCCAAGCGCAAGCACGAUAAGAAACCGCGUCGCGAGGACGUCGAUGAAGGCAAAACCCUGUUCAUCCGCAACCUGGCCUAUGAUAUGGAAGACUACCAGUUGCAGGCCAGCCUUGGUGUUUUUGGGGAUCUUGAGUACGCGGUCCUGGUGCGGGAUCGUGAAACGGGGCGUGCCCGUGGCACUGGCUUUGUCAAGUUCAAAAACAAAGCCGAUGCUGACAGCUGUCUGCAACGCAUGGAAGACACCACACUGCCGCCCUUUGAGGUCUCAGGCCGUCCCAUUUCCGUCUCCCUUGCCCUCUCACGCAAUCAGGCCACCGAGGUGUCUACCGAGCGCCGCGAGCAAGCUAACAAGGCAGACAAGCGAAACCUGUACCUGUCACGCGAAGGCUUUAUUCCUACGGACACGCAGGCCUGGGUUGACAUGUCAAGCGAUGACCAGCGCAAGCGUCGCAACCUAGAAAUUGAGAACAAGGCCAAGAUGAAGAACCCCAACAUGUUUGUGUCCAAGACACGCUUGUCGGUGCACAAUUUGCCCAAGAUGCUCAAAGACGCGCAGCUUAAGGCCAUCUUCCGCGGGGCGGGUGAGGGUGCCAUCAAGCAAGUCAAGGUGGUGCGCGACCGUGCCCGCGUGGAUCGCGAGGGCAAUCCUCGCUCCCUGGGUUACGGUUUCGUGGAAUUCAAGGAUCAUGAGUCGGCGGUGCAAGCGCUGCGCACUAUCAACAACAACCCGACCACCUUCACUGCGGAAAAACGCCCCAUUGUCAUGUUUGCUUGGGAUAAGGUGCAAAUUUUGAAGCAGCGUGAGGCGCGACAAAAACGCUUGGAGACCAAAAAGAAGCAGUUUGCGACGGCGGCGGAUCGAGCCAAGGGCUUGGUGAGCCAGUUUGCCGCCGCCACCGGUGCGACUGUGCCAGCUGAUGGUGGUGAAGCUGAGAACCAGGGUAAGCGCCAGCGCUCGCGUGGUGCCAAGCGAGCCAAGCGAGGUGAUGGCGAAGGCAACGAGGAGAAGCCAGCCAAGACCGCCGCGCGGUCAGACCGGCCACGCAAGGGCCAGGCCGCUGGUGCUGCCUCCAAGGCGCCACAAGGCAACAAAGGUCCUCGCGCACCGUCUCGGGACCGCCCCGCCGCACCGGCGCAAAAGGCUGGUGCCGGUCGCGCUGGCAAGCGCCCGGACCGCAACACGCGCCGUGGGCGUGACACGGAGCUGGACCACUUGGCUCAACUUCCCAAGUCGGCACGCACCCCGAGCUCGAACAAGCGUUCGGCCAAGCGACCUUCCAAGGAGGCCCAGCAAGAGGCCAAGUUUGAGGCCAUGGUGAAGAAAUACAAAUCCAACCUGUCGGGCUCAACACAAAAGCUGGCGAACAGCAAGUGUUGCGAUGGUUAUUGUUGUGAAUGUUGUUUCGAGUCUUAUCUGCCCGAGCCUGCGUUCCAGGCUGAGCUGACCCUUUCCGUGUGCAUCCCGCUUGUGCAGACGCAGCCUUCCUUCUUGCGGAUCACAAAACCGGACACAAUGGCUCUCCGACACGCUGCCCGCACCACUGCCCGCCUCGCGCGCCCCAUGCUGCGUACCUACGCUGACGCUGCUCCCGCCGAGGCCGUGAGCUUCACCUUCACCUCUGCCUCGGGCACCUUCUACGAUCAGUCCCCCGUGCAGCAGGUCAACGUCCCUGCGCUGGACGGCGAGUUUGGCAUCCUGGCUAGCCACGUUCCCGUGGUUGCUGCCCUGAAGCCCGGUGUGAUCUCCGUGGUUGAUGGCGGUAGCACGGCCAGCUUCUUUGUUAGCAGCGGUGUCGUUACCGUCAACGCUGACUCGUCGGCCCAGGUUGUUGCUGAGGAGGUUGCUCGUCUGGAGGACCUUGACAUCACGACCCCCUUUGGUGUCAUUUUUCCAGCCUUUCCCCACUGA